GGGUUAAACAAUAAGAUAUUUUAUAUUUUUAGGUAAAAAAAAAUAUUAAUUUUAACUUUUAAAACUCCUAAUUGUUAAAUAGUGUUAGUAAAAUAAGUAAAGUUUGAUUUAAUCGUCGAGAUAACUAAGAAAAACACCGUAAAAGCAAAGUAUUUUUUAAUUUAAUCAAAAAAAAGAAGGCAACACACAUAUAGCACUCUCUGUACUACACACAUAGGCGACGACGACGAAAAAAAAAGAGAAAAAUUUUGUCAAGUUUUGAAAUCCCUAGAAAUAAUAACUAAGUUUUAAGGUACAGAACAAGAUGAAAAUGGACAUGGAGCAAGAUGACGAAAAAGGCAAACUUUUCGUCGGCGGACUUUCAUGGGAGACAACACAGGAGAAUCUGAGCAAAUACUUUAGUCGAUUUGGCGAUGUAAUUGACUGUGUGGUGAUGAAAAAUAGUGAGACGGGUCGUUCCCGAGGCUUUGGAUUCGUGACAUUUGCUGAUCCCAAUAAUGUUGAUCGCGUCUUACAAAAUGGACCUCAUAACUUGGAUGGCAGAACAAUCGAUCCAAAACCCUGCAAUCCACGCACGUUGCAAAAACCCAAACGAGGACAAGGAUAUCCGAAGGUAUUUUUGGGCGGUUUGCCUUCGAACAUCACCGAAACAGAUUUGCGACACUUUUUCGGGCGCUUCGGCAAAGUCAUGGAAGUUGUCAUCAUGUACGAUCAAGAGAAGAAAAAGAGUCGCGGUUUCGGAUUUUUGUCGUUCGAAGACGAGGCAUCUGUGGAUCGUGUCACAUCCGAACAUUAUCUCAAUUUGAACGAACAAGUUGAAGUGAAAAAGGCAGAACCGCGCGAAGGGCAGCAAAAGAACAUGAAUCACGAGCAACAUUCGCAAUGGGGCGCCCAAGGACACGGACAACAAAUGUCGAACUUUAACACGCCAAUGGGUCCGAAUGGGCAAACGAUGAACGGACCUCCCAUGAAUAUGCAAAUGGGCACGAAUGCGAUGAUGCAAAGUUGGGGAACGCCGCCGACGCAACAGCAAAAUUACGGUUACGGGAAUCCGAAUACGGCGUAUCAGGGCGCCCAUCAAUGGGGACCGCCGCCACAGGGACCUCCGCCGCAUCAAUGGGGCAAUUCGUAUACGCCAGCAGCAGCUGCUGCCGCGCAACAGCAACAGAAUCAGGGUUACGGGAAUUACGGAGGUCCCACAGGACCAACAGGCAGCAAUAGUUGGAAUUCGUGGGGAAUGCAACCAAAUUCUAGCUCAACUGGAUCAGGAGGUGAUAUGUACUCCCGACCUCAAACAGGUCCAACGGGAAAUAAUCAAGGAAAUCCAAUUCCGACAGUACAAUCUGCUCCAGCUCCUUCAAAGCCAACAGAUUUCAAUGCUUACAACGCUGGAUAUGCUGGAUAUGGUACAGAAAACACAUAUCCUCCGCCAAGCGCACGUUAUGGCGCAAGUGAAGCCGCUCCUCCAUACAUUACAGCUGCUUCAGCUGGCAAAAUGGAUUUCUUUUAAA